CUACAAUAUUUUAAAUAAAAGCCGAAUACAAACUUGUCUUAAAAUUGAAUUAACUCUUCAGGAACAUUUUACAUAAUGUGUUAAAUAAUUGUUGAAUUUUAAAAUUUACAAAAAUAUUAUUUGAAAACCGGAACUUCCCGUUGCUGUAACAGGCCGCGUUGCCAACCUCUUCUCUUAUCUGGCAGCUCUGGCGCGCAAUCAGCUGUUCGCGGAACUGGCAACUCUAUGAGGUCAAAAUAUUGAUUGUUUCACUUGCCAAGACGUUUUUUUUUGGCAAUUCUAAAAUGUACAAGUGGCGAUAAAUCUGCACAUAAAACUCUUAAAGCAAGCGUAAAAGGAAACGUAAACCACCCAGAUCGACAGUAACAUGGAAUCCUGCGAUACAAUCGCAGGUUAAUAGACGAAAAUCACUGCGUAGAUAACUCUUGACAAGUGCGAAAAUCGAAACGACCAUGGAAUCACCUCUGUUGCCCAAGGCCAACAACAAUUUGGGCAUGGACAAGAUGAGCUCCAGCUUGAACAGCAGCACCAUGGAGGACACCACGCCCAGCGAUUCGGGAGUACAACUCCUGGACUCGGAAAACAGCGAUGUGAUGGUGGAGUCCAUUUGCUCCUACGAGGAAAACGUUAGACCGAUGCCCCUCCCUUUGGUGGAUCCCAACUCCAAUGUGACUGCAGCGCCGGAUGAGUCUAUGACCAUUAGCGAGUGCUCUACGUUCGACACCACGGAGAAGAUUGUAUACCGUCGCAAAGUGCACAAAGCUUCGUCCGCCUCCAAAACUCCCAAAAAGCGAGUGUCCUUCCACGAGGACAUACUGAAGAACACUCGUACCGACAACAUUCACAUUGAGCAUGGCUUUAUCACCUACAAGAACGGACGCAAGUUGGCCUUCGCUAACUCAGCGGGCGUGGCCGGCGCUCCAGGACGAUAUUCCUGGUGUCCGGAUCGGGAACGUCCGGAGGGACCUAAUGAACUCAGUGCCGCUGGCAGGGAAGACGAUGGCGAGGAGGCUACCGGUGGCGGAGGUGCCAGGCGAAAGAGACAUCUGGUCUACCGAAAUGCCUGCUCGGAUGUGCUGGACUACGACAACAUUUUUGACACGGACGAGGCGCCCGGUCUGCACUAUGACACCUCAGGUGUCUUUGAGUACGGCCCUGCGACCCAAAAACAGGAAGAGCAACCCCAACUUUACAAGUGCGUGUGCAGCAGUUCCAACUCCAGUUUGGAUUCCGACGAACAAGACAAAAAUUCCAAUGCGAAUUGUAAGCAGUACGAGCAGGCUAAGAGCAGCUCAUGUGAUUGCAUUGGUAUGAGCAAUGCUAACAACAAUCUAAUCGGUGACAAUUGCUACUAUUCAGAGCCCAAUAUCGGAGAUGCUGACAGUCCCAAAGUCAAGUCCGUAUGGAAUAAGGAGAAGAAGCCGAAAUCAAGCUGCUUAAAGAAAACUAAGCUACAUACAAAUGUCAUACUCGAGCAGGAUCUCAAUGGGCGGGUAAAAAAGUUUAACGUGCACGACAUUAAGCACCAACUGCUCGACAACAGUAGCAAGAUGAUAUUUGGAUCGCUAAAGAGCAUCUUUACCAUGCCAUUGCCGGAGCGCGGAGUUCCCGAGGGCUCCGAAGACCUGCAGGCGGUGGUGGAAUGCGUCCCUGAGCUGGAACAGACACCAGAGCACAAAUCGCGGCCGGCGGCCGAGUCACCGCCUCUUAGAGCUAAGCCAUUCCUCAGCAAGAGUCUCGACGGCAGCAAGCAGGCACAACCAGUUAAGAAAUUCGUGCACAACGUUGAUGAGCAAUUGCGGCAUAAGAACGAAGACGAUGGUGCCAGCUCCACGGAAGCCUCGCCGAUGGAGUCAAAACAGUCACUGAUGUUGCAUCGCCAAGAGGAAUUCGAUAAGGAAACAGUGCCAAUGGGCAGCGCACAGGGCGAGUUCCGCAGCAAGUUUAUAAUUAAUUGUGAGAGCACUGUUUUCGAACACACCGGAGUAUCCUACGAGACGGGGGAUCUGCAAUCCGAACUCUCAUCCGGUAUUCAGCACACCAGUGUAGCCAGUCUGCUCGAGCAAAACACUCCCAUCGCAGAGCCGGCCGCUAGUCAAAUUAAGAAAUCAUUUUUGGAUGCUCCCAUUGCCAAGACGUUUAGUAAUUUCUUUCGAAGCUUCAAAGACAGCACACCAGUUGCAAAGGACGAGCAAGCAGUCACAGAUAACUAUUUUGCUUCAAAAAUCGCUAAGCCGCAGCAACAAGCACCAGCCGCGGGCAAACUUCAGCGCAACUUUUCCUCAUCAACCAUAUCCGAACCUAGUUCGAACACCAACACCAGCAGCAACCAUCAAAUCGCAAUGAAUCCGCAGCUGGGCAACGCGGAGCGUCAGUCUCGACACCUUCCUUCACCGCUCAAGAAGCGUGGACAACCCUUACAGCCGCCCCGUUACUACGACCAACAGCAUCCUCACCAAAGUCGGAGCCUCCACAGCCCCAGUGCCUACCUAGCCGCUGGACGCGGAGGACCAGGAGGUAGUGGUCGCGACUCAAAGAGCACUAUUCUCAGCGAAGAGUUUGACGACAUACUAACUAUAACCACUACAGAUACAACUAAUGCGCGCUCAAUGGACAGCGAUUUGGUCAUCGUAGACUACACAGAUGUGGACUAUGCUCACUUACUGAAGCCGCCAGCUCCGGCGGCCAAAACUUCACUUAUAAAUAGGUUCCUUCGUAAUGUCACACAGAAGAAAAUAAUGGAAACCUCCAUACGCAAGAACAAUUUCUUUGCCGAUAAAUUGAGAACCGAACAGAGGCAUGCCGGAUCCGAUCUGUAUGUGAAGGGUGCUCGGCCAAAGAACUACGAGCUUAUAGAUGACUUAAAUGCAGAGAUUGCCAUGGAGAUUGAGAUGUGUGGCACGAAUUCGCCGCGACGGGAACUUGCCAUUAGUUUGGAUAACGAUUUCCAAGGCAACUUGUCCAAUUUCGAACUUGGCAUUGGGGAGAUCUCAAUUGAUGUAUUCAAAGGAAAGUCCUUGUUCAAUCUGAAACAAUCAAAUGAGCAGCUAAUGAAGGCUUUCAAACUGUAUACAGGCUACAAUGUAGAUGGCAUCAUGACACCUGUACUUGUCCUACUCACUGAUAAAACUCUGUAUGUGGUGAAUAUGGAAGGAAAUAGUCUGUGUGUCAAGUUUGUUUUGGCCUACAAGGACUUGGAUGUCAUACUGAUGGGACCUUUUGGCAACACAGUUUUGCUCAGCAACAGUAAUCGAGACAUGCAGCAGGUCCUGCUCGCGGGUGGUCCGUAUCCAGCCGGAUCCCUGGUAGCCAACCUGGAGUUGUGUGCCCGACGCAGUGGAUCCACUCUGCCUGCAGUUGGUCAGCUGACUCUAGAACAUUUGGCUCCACUGCAGGCUUUUGUGCGUGCCAACAGCUGUGUUGGCGUAGCAGAACAUUGGAUGCUCUAUGCAGUGGUUAAUGUGCCAGCUGGAGGGUCAAUGAGAGUCGAAUCGCCAAGCGAACUGCUGGGACCUUCAAUGAAGGGAUUCCUCAUGCAUCGAAGACUUAGGCAGACGAUCAGCACUUCAGCAGCGAACAGAAUAUUUUGGCAACCAGGAUACUUUUUACUGAAAGCUGGCGUAUUGUAUAUGUUCAACGAUUCCACCCAAAGGCUUCCCAGCUGGGCCAUGGCCCUCGCCGAGUGUCAGGGCGCCCGGCGAACUGUGAAAUCAGAGCGCCCCCACUGCUUCGAGAUUACGCUAAAGGGCGAAGUCCUGCAAAUGGCUGCGCCCGACGAGUAUGUAGCCUCCGAGUGGCUCCAGGCUCUUUUGCAAUCAGCCAGUGGCCUUGUGGUUCAAGAGGAGAAGCACAAAACCCUUGGAUGCACGUUGAUCGUCACGGAUAACCAUUUAAUAACCCUGCGUGAAGACUUUUCGGCUCCUCUACGAAAAAUAAGCCAGCAGGCGGAUAACAAUGCAGCCGUUCAGGGAAAUAAAGAAACCAUGCUUGAGGAGGAUAUGCUCAGUGUUUUUGAAACCAGUAGCUUAAUGGGUUCCACCAUUAGUACUCCUACCCGUGGCACUCAACAUUCAUAUUCCUCGUUAAGCUCUACGCCUACUAAGCAAACAAACGAAGAUGCAGCUCCGAAAGAAACUGUAGCUUCGCCGGAAAAAUCACAAAGAAUGACCAGUGUUUACGGAAAGAACUCCGGUUUAGCCAUACUAACUUGUGCGGACAUCAAAGAGAUGACUGGCAUUAAGAUAACCUCGCGGAGCGAGACUUGGUGGUGCAUUCUGGAGUUCUCCUGCCAGGAGGCACCAUUGGAAAACCAGGACGAUUUGGUUAUAUUCUUUGCCAGCAGCAUGGAAAUGCAACGUUUCCUGCGGUUGCUAGAGCAGCUUUGGCAGUCUAAGAAUAACGAUCUAUUUCCAAUAACCAUACUAGACGACGGUGACUCUCUGGCCGAGCAAUAUAAUAAACUUUAUAUGGACACAAAUAGGGCCUGGGAGCCUUUGCUAUCAGCUGCGCUGGGUUAACGUGGCUCUGGCCAUAUAUACUCCAUUUACAAAUAGAAAAUUAUAUUUCCAUAUACAUUACUCAAGCGUUAAAUAUUCUAUCCUGAAUACUCAAAUAGCUAAAGAACAAAAAGUAUUGAUAUUUAUAUAGUCUGUAUGUAUUAUGUAUUAUGAUUUUGUAAUGCGUGCCUCCGCUUGACUCAUUCAUUCGUUUGCGCUUAGUAACAUCUCAUUUGAAUAAUUUUUGUGAUAUUAAACUUAAAGUCGCUGAUCUUUGGUAUGCUCUUUUGUAGGAUAUUUAGUUUCUAUUGAUUUUCUACAUUCGUUAUUUCUUACCUUUUAUAAAUACAUUGUGUACAAAUAUUGCACAGAUAAUAAGAAACAAAAUAUUAUACAUAAUCUAACUUAUACGAAUAUUGGACAUGUAAUCAAUCGGUAAUGUUAUGUUUUGGGGGUGCUCUUUUGGUCCAAGGAUCAUAUCCAUAUGAUAUACGACAAACAAUAUGUGGCUAUUUAUAAAAUAAACAAAACAAACAUUUAUAAAUGUGUAUUAGGAAAAGUGUGCAUGGUGGACUUAAUCUUAUUUUGCAAUGCUGUGCCUCUCCUUUUCAAUUAGCAUAGAUUAAAUUCCCCUCCCAACGCCCGACAUUUCGCUGUAAGCCUUUCAGCCCACUAAAAGCUCAUGAUAAUUAAUAAAACCAAUAAACGCC